AUGAAGCUCGUGCUAAGAAGUCUGCUCCUCACCUCGUUCUGCACCAUCUCAUCUUGGACUGUUGUGUAUGCUGUUGGCAUAUCUGUUGUGACCCAGAGUCCAGAUGUUUCUGUCAUGGAGGGUGAGACAGUAAGCAUCACCUGCUGCUGGACAAGACCGUUUGAAAGAUUCAGAGUGAACUGGCUGAAAAAUCAAACAGUCUUUAGAAGCGAGACCUACGCAAAUCAAUCUCCAGAGUCUCUGAAACUGGAGGCAAAGACCUGCUCAUCUUUGAACAUUUCAAACAUCAGAACAGAGGAUUCAGGAACAUACAUCUGUAAAGUGACUGUGGAGCUUCCAUCUUUAGCUGAGGCUAAAGGAAAUGGGACCUUCAUCACAGUCAGAGAGAAGACCAAUGACACUGACUCCACUCCUUCAUCAUCGACGGUCAUCUUCGUCCUGAGGAGUCUGCCCUUCAUUCUUCUUCUUCUGAUCUUCUGCUGCUUUAGAAAGUGGACCACAUCACAGCGUCACAGAGCGAAGCAGCAGGAUGGAGAAUGUGUAGAGAUGAAGAAGAAGAACACAGAGGAGGCUCCGAGAAAGAUGAUGAAGACGUGCGUGAAACAUCCAGAUUUGAUGGUGGAUGAAGCCAUAGUUAUGCCCUCGAGCAGCAAGACCAAAGAGCAGAGCCGUUGA